UGGUCCGUGCUCAGCCAGGGGGGAGGGUCCCGCGGCGCGUCCCGCUCGCCCAUUGGCCGGCCGGCCGGCGCGUGUCUGUUGCGCCGUGUCCCGCCCGGUCCCGUGCCGGAUGGUUCCCGCCUGGAUGGCAUCCAACUACAGAAAACCUGGCUUAGCUACAGCCCAGCGGAAGAAAAGUGGCUUGAAACCUGAACUUACAGAAGAGCAAAAGCAGGAGAUCCGAGAAGCUUUUGAUUUGUUUGACACCGAUGGAUCUGGAAGCAUCGACAUCAAGGAACUGAAGGUUGCAAUGAGGGCUUUGGGCUUUGAGCCAAAGAAGGAAGAGAUUAAGAAAAUGAUAGCAGACAUUGACAAGGAAGGAAGCGGCACCAUCGACUUUGAAGACUUCUUGGCCAUGAUGACACAAAAAAUGAGCGAAAAGGAUUCACAGGAAGAAAUCUUGAAAGCUUUCAGAUUAUUUGAUGAUGAUGGGACAGGAAAAAUCUCAUUCAAAAACUUGAAAAGGGUUGCCAAAGAGCUGGGAGAAAAUCUAACAGAUGAAGAACUUCAGGAAAUGAUCGAUGAAGCUGAUCGAGAUGGAGAUGGGGAAGUAAGUGAGCAGGAAUUCUUGAGAAUCAUGAAGAAAACUAGCUUGUAUUAAUAUUUGUUGCCUUGCUAUACAGCUGCUCCAAAAGAUAACCUGGAAAAGACUUAAAAACUGGGCUUGUGUCUCCUGCAUAUUUUCUGUCAUUCAAAGUCAGGAAAGACAGAUUUUUUUUUUUUUGGUUCAUUCUUUUUUCAGUAAAGUUAACUGGGGAAGAUGGACUGAACCUGCAAGGCAGGGUCCCUUUCUCUCCCCCAUAACAACUUCCCCAAUUGCCAUUUUGGAUAAAAAACGCUGUAUUUUACUGUUUCACUGAAAGACUUUUCACUUAAGAUGCAGAGAUUGCCACUGCUGCUGGGAAAGGCCACUUGGACUUUCCUAAGGCUACAGAUUGAAGGGACAAGCACGGUGGGUUUUUUAUUCCUUUUAAGGCUUUUAGGUUAUCUUUUGGUAUUUGUCUCCUUUUGUUUAUUUCCAUGAAAGACUCUAAAAUGAAUUGCAAAUCUGUCUGUAUUUCUGUAUGAAAUACUUUUUUCUCAUAGCAAGUUAGUUUUGGACUUAAUGGGAAGCAAAUGUAGCUAACCAGCCUUGGUUCUUCAUUUGAAGCUGUGUGCCAUCCACAGAUCUUCUGUUCCUCUGUUUAUCUGACCACCCAAAACCUGAAUGAAACUUGAAUGUAACGUGCUUGGCUCACCAAAGUUUAUCGUAAAACCAGGCAACAUCUUGUGCCAUUAUUUUUACUCCCCAGACAUUAGAGCUGCUGUUACUUCAGAAUUUUAGGUGUACCUAAAAAGUUCAGUUCUGUGGUGUGCACUAGAGUAAAUUUUGUCCUUGGCUGUUGACUGUCAAGUUGAAGGGAGGACUCGCCUCUGAGGUGAAGAAAUAGCUCACCAUGGAUAUCUGUGGAACACUGAAUGUAUUUAGAUCCACGCAAUCCAAAUUCAUUUCACACAUCACAGGUUUGGGUUUGGUUUUUGUUUCUGUUUUUGUUUUUCUUUUAGGAGCACCUUCCUUUUCUUAAGUAUUUCUUGCACAUACUGUCAAUCUAGGACUUACUGGAGAGCCACAUUUCCUUCUGUGUUAUGGGGACAGAGGGGUGACACAACCUGACAUCCAAUUAUGUGGCUCUGCAGCAGGGUUUAUCCUUGGGUCCUGAUUAGACAAUCUGUUUUAAAACUUUCAAAGCCUGUAAAAUUCCAGAGACCUUAGAAGUUCCCUAUUAGCAGAGUUGGUGGCAGUUGAUGUAAUCUGUAGUACUGUAAGUGUUUUAAAAUGUCUUAACUUUGUAUAAGUGUGAAAUAAAACUGUUUUGCAAGUUAA